UCCUCGACGAUGAGCGGUUUCAAGGCGCCCCCAAAAUCCUCAGAAGAGCAAAAACAAAGCGUCAUCCAAUAUACUAAAACAAUCAUUUAUUAAUCAGACAUAUACACAUUGUUCAUUUGGACCGAGAUAAGUAAUUAUUUGACCAACAUAUUUUCAGUUUUCGUAUAGUGGAUUAUGAUCAUUCAAGGUUGUUUAUCAGUAUUAAGGGGAACUUGAAACCGCACCCUGCCCCAUUUCCUCGGUUGUUUUGCUUUUUUCGCCUGGAUUCUCCAUGUUGGAGUAUUAUAGCGAGGUCUUUCCUAGUGUUAGCUAGCUAUCAGAGGGGACCGCAGCGUUACACUAAUACACUUCAUGUUGAACGCACACUGCCUAGCUUGAACUAGGAAAGAUAGCGGAAGCUAUAAUUGAUACGAGAAAAACCAAGAAGCUCUUUUUAUUGGAAUAUUUUCGGAUACCAAACGCAACGGGUUGGUAAACGUGAUUGCUAACCAGCUAGCUGAAUGUUGAAAGUACCUGCAAAUUGGGGUAACGGAUUGGACUUUGAGGGGCUGUGCAUUUGUUAGAUGGAAAGUUCUAUUAUCACUCAAGUGCAGAAAGAAGAUAGUCAACUGCCGUUCAAAACAGGCCAGGUGAACAAAUCUUCCCCAAAGAAACCUCGGAGCCGAAAUAUCUUCAAAGCGCUCUUCUGUUGCCUCCGAGCACAGGAUGCCUCUCAGCCUCCACCCCCUGCCCAGGAUACCUUACUUCCUCCUGAGGACAAUGGGACGAUCGCCAAGGUCCCAGAGACCAGUCUACUGCCAGAGGUAACCCCUGAGGAUGAGGGCAAGAUCUGUGUGGUCAUUGACCUGGACGAAACGCUGGUGCACAGCUCAUUCAAGCCCAUCAGUAAUGCUGACUUCAUUGUACCUGUGGAGAUUGAAGGAACAACACACCAGGUUUUCGUCCUGAAGAGGCCACAUGUCGACGAGUUCCUCCAAAGGAUGGGAGAGCUGUUUGAGUGUGUUCUCUUCACUGCAAGUCUUGCAAAGUAUGCAGACCCAGUGACUGACCUUCUAGAUCAGUGUGGCGUGUUCCGGACGCGUCUCUUUCGGGAGUCCUGUGUGUUCCAUCAGGGCUGCUACGUCAAGGACCUGAGCCGCCUGGGCCGCCAGCUCAACAAGACCCUCAUCCUGGACAACUCCCCCGCCUCCUACAUCUUCCACCCUGAGAAUGCUGUGCCUGUGGUGUCCUGGUUUGACGACCUGGAGGACACAGAGCUGCUGAGCCUCCUGCCUGUCUUUGAAGAGCUGAGUGAGGCGGAUGACGUCUACGCCAAACUGCAGCAGCUACGGGCCCCCUGACACGACACACCCCCUCUUAUAAGCCAGAAUCUCCCCCUCCCAGCCAGACCACACCCAUCAACCGACGGAAAAAGACCAAACCUUACUUACAUACACACACUGUGUGCGGUGUUAGUAUCCUAGAGACACUCGGUGGUGUGUUUGUUUGGCCCCUGAACUGUGUGUCUGGACGGCUGUCCACUGUUCCUACUAUUUUCCCCUCCGUAUGUUAGCUGGUGCUGCAAAACUGCUGUUCUGGAAAAAAUCCAACAAACACAAUGCAAAGUGGCUCACUCUUUUCUCAUUUUACAUGUACUCAAACACAUACUAGUACUCAAAUCAUUUAAACUGACUGGCCAGAUCUUUGUUUCUCCAAAAACGAGACUUAGAUUUUAUAGCACUAAUUGCGACACAAAACAAUUGACUGUACACACAACAUCUCUGCUUCGACAACAAUCUCUGUACAAAAACUUUGAAGGGGGACUCUAAAGCAUUGCAAGGAAACUACAAAAACCACAUAGUGAUUUUCAUUUCCAUUUCGUAGUACAACGGCCUGUAUAAAGGCCUUUUUUAAGGAAGUUUCUCCUGAAUGGAUUGAGUCCUUCAGGAAAUUAAUUGUAAAAGCUAAACCCAGUGGUCUUUCUGAUCCAAGGCCAGCAUGACAUGACAUUACAGUGCAUGACAUGACCUCAUUUGAGCAGACCUUACAUGGGGAGCAAGGGAUCUCCAUCUUUGUGCCUUCUGAAAAGAAAAAUAUAUUAAUUCUGUUUUGGUUUUGUUUUUGAAGUAAGAAAAAUUUGCGUUCUUUCCAGAAAAUGUUUCUUUUUCAAUUGUUAGGUUUUUCUAUACACUUUUGAGAUGUCUUUUAAAUGUUUGAUAUGGUAAGAAGUGUAGAUGACUUUUGUAAUGUCUUGGAUGUUGAGGAAGAACAGCCAUACGUUAACAGCCUCUGUAUGUUGUAUUUACAUGAAAUCCUCCAUUCUCAUUAGCUGAAGAUAACCUAAUCCCCGGCCAAUAGGGACCAUUACAAACCAAGGGUCACACCAUCGUGUAAAGGCAGGGCUGUAACAUAAACCCUGCCUCUUUAUGCAGAUUCACACUGAGAUGCAUCAGGUACAGGACACUUGAACUGGUUUCCCUACAUUUUUGGCACCCCUUUUAAAAAAUGCCCUUUAAAUGAACAGACUAAUUUUGACUUUAAAGUUCGGUAGCAAAUUUGGAGUGAUUCUCUGCUGGUGUAUAGUCUGCUAAGGAUGCCAUAUUGGUUAAACCGAGGCCUUUUUGUUACAUUUUGUGUCAAGCCUUCUGGGUGCCAUAUUUGGGUCGCGUGAGGGACUUGUGAUAAGUAGGCUGCUAAGAGUGAACACAAUGCACACUAGUUUACCCCCUAUCGGUUGCCCUUUAUCCAUAGUUUGCCAAGUCAUUUCCACUCAACUUUUACUAUUUUAAAAUGUAUCCUAUUUAAAGUAAGAUAUUUCGGUUUGUAAAAAAAAAACGACAAUGCUGAGAAGUAAAAGUAUGUGUUUUACAAAUUUUAUUUGCGUUAUUGCCUGUUCCAGAAGUUCUACAGUACUCACACUGACAUAUCUUACGUUUUGUACACAUCGUGGGGCGGCAAUGGUUUUGUGGUAGCAAGAUAUGUUCUAUUGCUCAAAUUGUAACUGUAAGCACACACAGGCAUGCCCAAUCCUGACUAGUCACUGUAUCCCAAAGAGAUUUGUUUUGUGGUUGUUUUAUUCACAAGAUAAAGCACCGCCUUAUACUAUUAUACUCUAUGAAGUGCCUAAGGUUUCUUUCUGCGUUGAAAGCUUUAGAAUAAAACAUCAAGGGUCUCUAUCAUCCCCAUUUUUCAUUUUAGAAUUUUACAACUGAUAACCUGUCUCGUGUUGGUCGGAAAUGGAGUAAUCCACAAAUCUCUCUUUGCCAAGUGAUCCUACUCCGCUGUUUCAUUGGGAUUCAAAGAAAGGGCAGUGUGUAAUAAUGUUGUGGACCCCACAUCCACACUGUCAGAGAAAUGUAUCUACUGCAUGUUUGUCAUGUGUUCUGUAGAUAUUUAGAAGCGUGUUAAUCCCUGGCUGCAUUGCAUAUGGCACUCUAUUCCGUAUAUAAUGCACUACUUUUGACCAGAACUAUGGGCUCUGGUUAAAAGUAAAAACUAAAAAAAGGUUUUAUUGUCACAUACACCGGAUAGGUACAGUGAAAUGUGGUGUUUUACAAGGUCAGCCAUAGUAUUACGAUGCUCCUGGAGCAAAUUAGGGUUAAGUGCCUUGCUCAAAGGCACAUCGGCAAAUUUCUCACAUUGCCAGCUCGGGUAUUCGAACCAACAACCUUUCAGUGACUGGCCCAACGCUCUAACCGCUAGGCAGUGCACUAUAUAGGGAAUAGAUGACCUUUUGGGGCGCACAAUAAUCCUCUUCUUUUGUCAGUUGGAUAGGAUGUUAAGUUUUGUCUUCUGGUGGUGGGAUUUGGUGGAGGGUGCACAAGGUGUCACCUGACUGUGUUAUUGUUAUGUCUGAAACACGAAAGGUAAAGUGGGGUCAUAGACAUCAGUAUUUACCAAAGCUCAACACUUUUAUUUUGUGGAGGUGGGUUGUAGGAGGGGUGUGGGCUCCAAAUAUUCACACUACAACUUUAAUUAAAGCAUUCUUGCGCCAGUUUCCCUUCUUCUAGUCGAAAGAACCAGUAUUGUUGCAUCAAACAUGCAGCACUUCAGUCAAAAUGUCUGCUGACAUGAAAUUACUAAAUGUAGUGAAAGAUAUUGACAUUCAAAUCAGAGGUGACAUGUCAAACGUUAAUUUACAGUCAUGUUAUGGAUCAUGGUUUCAGGAGAAAGUUUAUCGUCUAUGAUUGUGAGGUAAUAUGUAACGUCUAUGAAAUGCAUGCUAUGGCCCUCAACAAAUACGACUUUAAAAAUGUCCUGUGUUUGAUUCAAAUAUAGUUUACUCUUAAGUGAGAGAUACAAGAUUUCAUGAUCCCUUUGUUCCUAUGCAUUGGAAUGAUGCAAUUAUAAUUGAGAUCAUACUAUUGAUUUUAUCUUCCACAUAUACAUUUUAUUUUCUCAAAGACUUGGAGAUAAAUAAUGUAAAGAACUAGAGUGUUAUGUCCUUGAAAUUAGUUUGUCCUAAAAAGUCCAAUUGUAAAAAUAAAUAAAAAAUAAUUCUUGGUACUUGGUAAUUCUUUUCUUUUUUGAUAUGAAAUAUUACAAACAAAUAAUGGAUUGAAAUAUAGCUCUAAAAAGCUUUGUUCUCUUGUUUUGGACAUGGAUUAUUCCUAUUUGGAUUGUUUUGUCAUUUCUAACAUAUAUGGAGAUCUUUCUGCAAUCUCUUUAUUUUAAGUGUUCAGUUGGUUUACUUACUGUGCGGCUUCUUAGAUGCCAACCAACGAUCAGAACAAAAUAAGGUAUGAUUCAGAGGGUACAAUCUAUUGAUGCUUGUAUGUCUGAUCAAUCUAUUGAAUAGAUUGUCAUGGUGACCAAUGUAGUAUUUUCUGAUAAGUGAUGGGGAAAUAUUCAGCAAGUAAGUUCUGUUUGGAUCAAAUUAUUUUUUGUUAACUGGAUCCUUUAAUGGGUUAAUUGUGGGGUUGGGUCAGGAUUUGUGUACCAUGAACAAACUGCUGAUCUUACACAGAAACUAUGCAGAAGGAGAUACUGAAAUACAUACAGUAUAUUGCUAAAAUGAUCAAGGCACUGGGCACAGACGUCAAUUCCACAUUGGUUCAAUGUAAUUUUGUUGAAAUGACGUGAAAACAACGUUGAUUUAACCAGUAUGUGCCCAGUGGGAACUUUUACUCUUGAAAAUAUGUUUUGUACAGCUAUUUUCUGAAAACUUUAACGUAAGAUUCCUGCAUUAUAUUUUUGGGGGCUUUUUUGUUAAACUAGCAAUUCUGAAAAUUGUUUUUCAAAGAUGGAAUAAAAACAUUGAUUAUAGUGA